AUGCCGGGCAUGGUGCUCUUCGGCCGGCGCUGGGCCAUCGCCAGCGACGACCUGUUCUUCCCGGGGCUGUUCGAGCUGUUCCUGCGGGCGCUGUGGUGGGUCGGCAUCCUGGCCUUGUACCUCCGGUACCGCGGGAAGCUGGACUGUGCUCGGGGGACCCUGCUCAGCAACUACAUGGUAGUGCUCAUGGUGCUCCUGGCGGUGAUCAUAUGUACCAUGAUGGCCAUCGUGUGCGUGAGCACGAGAGGAACCAUCUUCAACCCCGCGCCCCGGAAGUCCAUGGCGACGCUGCUGUACAUCCGCCUGGCGCUCUUCCUGCCCGAGAUCGUCUGGGCCUCCCUGGGGGCCAUGUGGGUGGCAGAGAGCACUCAGUGCGACAAGAUAGUGGUGAGCGCCAUCAUCGUCACCGUCGUGGUCAGCUGGAUGAUCAUCGGCUCCACGGCGGUCACCAUUUUCGUUGUCUUCGACCCGCUGGGGCGGAAGGUGGCGCCGUACUCCUCUGCCGGCCCCACCUAUGACCCCGAGGCGAGCCAGUUCCUCAGCGGCCUCCGGACGGCGGCUGCCAGCGUGUGGGAGAAGAGAAUGAGGCUGCUGUGCUGCUGUGUGGAGCGGGAUGACCAGGCGCGCAUGGCCUUCUCCAGCACGGCCGAGCUCUUCUCCACCUACUUCUCCGACACAGACCUGGUGCCCAGUGACCUCGUGGUGGGCCUCACCCUCCUCCACCAGCAGCAGGACAGAGCCAGGAGCAGCCAGCCGCCGAAGGAAGUGGUCAGCCACUCCCCAGGGUCCUCCCAGGAGGAUGGCCUGGACACGGAGCUGGAGAACUGCCGCCACUACAUGCCGAUGGCGGCCGCUGCCUACGGCUGGCCCCUCUACAUCUACAGGAACCCCUUCACGGGGCUGUGCAGGGUCGGGGGCGACUGUUGCAGGAGCAGGACCACAGAGUUCGACGUGGUGGGCGGCGAGCAGCCGCAUUGCCAUUCGGGCUCCGUCCUGCGGAUGACAGGGCUCCAGCACAGCGACUUCAUCCACAUGAGCUUCCACGACAAGGUCUACGAGCUGCCCUUCCUGGUGGCUCUGGAUCACAAGAAGGAGUGCGUGGUGGUGGCCGUGCGGGGGACCAUGUCUCUGCAGGACAUUCUCACCGACCUGUCCGCAGAGACCGAGAACCUGGAGCUGGGGUGUGAGGUGCAGGACUGCGGGGCACAUAAGGGGAUGACUCAGGCUGCCAAGUACCUGUACCGACGCCUCAUCACCGACGGGAUCCUGACCCAGGCCUUCAGCGCUGCUCCUGAGUACCGGCUGGUGGUUAUCGGGCACAGCCUGGGAGCGGGCGCUGCAGCCCUGCUGGCCAUCAUGCUCAGAGGCUCCUACCCCCACGUCCGGUGCUACGCCUUCUCGCCGCCCAGGGGGCUGCUGAGCAAAUCCCUCUAUGAAUACUCUCAGGACUUCACCGUGUCCCUGGUCGUGGGCAAGGACGUGGUCCCCAGGCUGAGUGUGACCAACAUGGAGGACUUGAAGAGGAAGAUCUUGCAGCUGAUUGCCCGCUGCAACAAGCCCAAGUACAAGGUUUUGCUGCACGGCUGCUGGUUCGGGCUGUUCGGAGGGAGCACAGAUGACCUUCCAACAGAGCUGGACGGGGACGACCACAGGGACCUGACCCUACCGCUUCUUGGGGAGCAGAGCCUGCUGACACACAAGCCCCCCGGAUACAGGUCCACCGACUCCCCCGAGGGGUCCCCCACCAAGUACCCCCCUCUCUACACUCCCGGCAGGAUCAUCCACCUGGAAGAAGAGGGGGCUUCAGGGAGGUGGUGUUACUCCGCUCGGUACACGGCCAGGUGGUCACACGAGUCAGAAUUCAGCGAAAUCCUCAUCGGCAGAAAGAUGCUCACAGACCACUUUCCGGACGUCAUGAUCAAAGCUUUGGACAGGGUGGUGUCCAACAGGGAGGCCUGCGUUUCCUGUCCCACCCCAGGAGGCUCUGCGUAA